AUGAAAGAGGAGAGACGAGUCAAGGUGACAAAGAAGAAAGAGGAAGAGGAAGAGAAAGGAAACAAGCUUGGAGACGAAACGCCGAAAUCGAGGGGUCGGGUGCUGAGUCAGCGUCCUAGAGCAGCCGGGGUUCGGGAAUGCGGGGAUACGCUAGGCCACUCUUGGCUUAGUGAAGGGGAUCGUGUGGGUACGGGAGAAACCUCGGCCCAACAGUCCAGUCAUGACCAAGAUAUCUACGCUGUAGGGUAUCGAUUCUGAUUGUAGAAAUAGCGGGUCUCGGACGGAUGGUGUUAUGCUUUCCCGCUAGACGAUAUAGGUGGGCUAAGGUAACCUCCUUCUUCUUCGAAUUCAAAGGAUAUCCUAGGAUCUAUUAGCAAUCGCGCAACUCCCUCAAGGUUGAUUCCGUGCCUGGAUGGGAAGGGCGACAGAAGGGCGCGACAAAGGGAAGAAACAUAAGUGAUAUGAGGGGAAUAUGGGAAAGUAGCGUACAUAGCUUCUCAAAUAUUGGAUUGAUUUCCUUCAACCUGCCUGUAUUGUUCCGAAGGCUUCGUAGUCCACCGUCUGUGCAUACGUAAUUGGUAAGCAAUGUAAGGCAGCUAUCCAGCUUGAUUUGCGUAGAAUUGUUCUUGGUUGUUUGGAAGCUCAGGUAUCCUCCCUUGCACAGAGUCAAAGAACUCGAAGAAUGGGCAUCCUACUCAUCAGAUCCAGCUAUCCUUGAGAUUCCUCCCAGCUUCAGUGGGUCGGAGAUGUUUAUCGUAGUUCAUCAACUGUGCAUGAUAAGGGUGGCCCUCUCCGCACAUCCGCCUACAUUGGUUUCACC